UUGAAUCGCGUGGUCUCUGCUUUGCGUCUUCCCGCUAGCAAACUCUAACAAGUCUUUAACAUAUAGACGGGCGUCAUUAUCAUCUGUCUCUAUAACACCGUCAACUGCUUCACUGAUUAAUCUGAUCAGCGAGUGCCGUUUACUCUGUCCCUCUGCAGACACUUUUGCAGUUGAUCCAGCUGCAGGCGGAGCAGCACCUCGCUUAGCCGAUCCUGGAGCUGCUCUAGGUCCAUGCUCAGCAUCGUGACACACUCAAUACGGCACCGCCGAUCCCAUCCUCAUCGCCAAUUUUUGUAACACACUUGAAGAAGACUACAACAAGCGUGUGUUUCAGCUUAAACUGUCUAGGCCCGAGCUGAUUGACUUUGAAGGCAUUUCUAUGAUUCACUACUUCACUGACAACUGGGAAAAUGUGAAGAACUUCCAGGCAAGACCAGAUGACAUUCUGAUCGCCACUUACCCCAAAGCAGGUACCACCUGGGUUUCUUAUAUACUGGACCUGUUGUAUUUUGGUAAUGUGGCUCCAGAGCGCCAGACUUCUCAGCCUAUCUACAUGAGGGUGCCAUUCCUGGAGUCCUGCUUUCAAGUUAUUCCAUCAGGGACCGAACUGAUUGAUAAUCUGAAGACUUCUCCUCGCCUCAUCAAAACUCAUUUACCUGUUCAGUUGGUGCCGAAGUCCUUUUGGGAGCAGAACUCAAGGGUGGUGUAUGUAGCCCGUAAUGCAAAAGACAAUGCGGUAUCCUACUUUAAUUUUGACCGCAUGAACAUGGCAGAACCCGAACCGGGAGACUGGAACACCUUUAUACAGAAGUUUAUGGAAGGAAAGAUUUUGUUUGGUCCGUGGUUUGACCAUGUCAGCGGAUGGUGGGAGAAGAAACAGACAUAUUCUAACUUACAGUACUUGUUCUAUGAGGAUUUGGUUGAAGACACCGGACGUGAGGUGGAACGCUUGUGCUCCUUCUUGGGAUUAUCGACUUCACCCGAGGAGAGAGAGAAAAUAACAAAAGGAGUUCAUUUUGAUGCCAUGAAAAACAACAAGAUGACCAAUUAUUCCACUCUCCCUGUUAUGGACUUCAAGAUCUCACCCUUCAUGAGGAAAGGUAAAGUUGGAGACUGGAAAAAUCACUUCACUGUGGCACAAAAUGAACAGUUUGAUGAAGUCUACAAACAAAAGAUGAAGAACACCACUGUCAAGUUUCGGACUGAACUGUAAAGCUUGUGUUCUGGACAACGCUAGACAUAUUUACUCACUGAGGGUUUAAUAGGAGGCAAAUUAAUAAUUGUUUUCAUUUACAGAUUAUUUUGGAUUUUAAUAAUUUUAAUGAUUAUAAAACAACUUCUCAUAUCCCAGUUUAAUAAGCAAAGUUCUGGGCUAUUGUGUCUUUCAGUCGGGGAUCCAAAAUAAACAACACGAUCUCAAUGGAAUUCGUGACAUUAUUAUAUGUAAUCUUUUAAUUUGUGUAAACUGACACGAAUAUCCCCCUUUUUUCGUCUCAGCAGCACGACUUUCAAUGUAAUGUAUAAAUAUAUAUCCACGGAAUCUGAUGACAAUUCAUACCUAUUUUAUAAAGUGGCUUAUUCUUGUGAA